AGCGCUUAUAACCAAAGCUUUAUUGAUACCUGCAGCAGCUACACAAGAUAUUUGUCUGUGAAAUCUAAAUCGAAAAUGUUUGUUUCUGUAGUUGUUUUAUUCUGUGUACCUCUAUUCCACGUAGCGAGAUGUCGUCCUAGCGGUGCACCUAGUUCGCAAUGCGUGAGUAUGAUGCCAAGCCACGGCGGUUUUCAGUCUCAAACAGUUGCUAGUCCAUAUCAAGUCAAGGUUAAUAAAACCUAUUACAUGUAUGGAAAGAAAGUUAAUGUAUCCAUUGAAAGUUCGACUGAGUAUAUCAAAGGCUUCCUUAUUCAAGCACGGUCCGUCGGUGAAAACACCGCAAUCGGGACGUUUUCGUCACUACCACAAAACACAAAGUUCGUCAGUUGUGGUAACAGCGAGGGCGCCGUUACUCACUCCACCCGCCUUAAUGUAAAAACUUUGAACUUUGAAUGGGAGCCGCCAAGUGGUUUUUACGGAAACAUAUCUUUCUACGCUACCGUCGUAAAGGAUUUUUCCACAUUCUGGGUGCAAAUUCAGUCUCCUGAACUCCAUAUAAAGGUAAAAAAUCCUUCUACUUCAAAUCAGACGACAUCGCCAACAGCCAUGAAACCAACAGAAAUGCAUACAACAACACCACCAGGAAUCGUAAUUUAUGAUGACUGUAUCGACUACCACAAAAAAGGAUGCAGCCCUGAAUAUUGGUCUUAUAUCAAAGCAAGAACGCCAAUGGGUUAUUACAAUGAAAACAACAAACCGCCAUGUGAAAGGCGCACUUCUUCACAAAUUUGUGGUGGAUACGGCUGGACAAAACUGGGAACAGUUAAUGCGACCAUGAUGGAUACUUCUUACAAUUCUGCUAUGUGGACAUCAAAAGGACCGUAUCAAACAGCAUUUAAUCCUAUGUUUUGGAGCACAUAUGUCAACGAAGUGUGUGUCAUGGCCGGUGGCAUCCAUUAUAAUAUUUCAGUUAAGGCUCCUUCGAUGCGUAGUCUGUUUUUUGAGAAAAAAAAAUUGAACUUGUCUUCCCAAGAAUGGUUGAAAGGUAUCAAAAAUUACAAUUACACAACAAAGUUUAACUUUGUCCCAGGCUGCUACGAAGCGGGCUUUAACGUUGGGGAUCAUUACAACUCGACAUCUUUGCGCGCACGCUUUGGAAUUGUUAGCCUGAAGAAAAAAGGCUGUCCCAAUAAAGACCAAGCGAUUGGUAUCGGACUGCACAUUCCAGGAAAAUACCGUCCGUUGUCAAUAUACUCAAUCGGGUCCUGGUAUUCAACAGAAGUAGAAACCGAUUACAUCAAAAUUUACGUGCGCUCUCGUUCCGUCAACUAAAGUCCAUCAUAUUAAUGACAAAUAUGUUCCCUUUAAAAAUAAUGAAAAUAAAAAAAAUUCGGCUAAAGUUUUAAAUGCAAAUCCUAAGUCAAUGAUCGUGUUUCUACCGAUUGUUGUUGGAAGUAGAGUCACCGGAAUAAGGCUUUUGGCGGUGAAGAUUACGGAUUAACUCUGGGAUUUGGAUUUAAAAUAGAAACAAAAUGGUGGCGAUAUAACUUAAUGAUGUAUUACAUUCAUACUAUUCAACUAAAUGACAAGCACUACAUUCCGCACAAGGACUUUCCUGUGGAUUCACAUAUAAUAAUUCAUGAGAAUUUCUUAACAAAUCAAUAUUUUUAAUGAUUGCAUAAUUAAAUUACGAAACGGAUAUAUAUAUGGUAUAAGUUGUAUUCGUAAUAAAUAAUAAAUAUAGUCAUCUAUCAGUACUAUAAUAAUAUAAUUAUAUAUAAAUAUUUUUCAGUCACCUUUAGAGUCUUUUUGUAUGAGUACACGUAUAGUCAGUGGCAGAUCUAUUAUAAGUCAUGUAAUUUACGUAACUUACGUAUACAUUUUACCAAGAAACCACAAUUUUUCAAAUCAA